CCAGAAGAGGGUUAUUGCCUACCAGAAUGGGACAAGACCGUAUGUUGGCCUCUCACCGCAAUCAACCAAUCAGCAACCUUGCCAUGUCCACCAAUCUUUCCACAAAUCGAUCCAACGAAAUCGUUCACUCGGAUGUGUGAGAGUGAUGGUACAUGGGAAGAAGGACUUAAUUACCGGCAAUGUUUCAAGAAUAUAGGCCGAGAUGACACAUCGUUUACACGCAAUGCAACAGAAGCACAAUUACAGUUUUAUAACAGUGUUAUAAAUGGGGCAAAAUUAAUGGAAUUGAUUGGUCUCUUCUUGUCGUGGACCGGACUCGUGGUGGCGCUAUUCAUUUUCUAUUAUUUCAGAAAUCUCCGAUGCCAUCGAACGAAGAUCCAUCAGCAUCUCUUCAUCGCCUUCAUCUUCCGCCUCACCAUCGAGAUCAUCCUGGGUGUGGACCGUUUCAACAGCAAACUUGCCUCAUCGCAAGGAUACGAGAGGCAUAACAGUAUUCAGAAUGUGGCGCCACUUUGUAAAACUUUUGAAGUUCUGCGGGAAUACACAAGAAUAUGCACCUUCGCUUGGAUGUUCAUUGAGGGGAUCUACCUCAAUACAUUACUUUCUUCUGCUGUAUUUGGAACGCCCAAGUUCGUCCUCUUUUAUAUCAUCGGAUGGGCCAUCCCGAUAGCGUUUGUGAUCGCAUGGGCGAUCGUUAUGGAUCUCACCGCAGCAAAGCUUUCUGGAUGUUGGCAUGGUCAUGUUGAUUCUAUCUGGUACUGGGUCUUCAUUGAGAUUCCGCGCAACCUCAUGCUUGUGGCAAACGUACUGUUCCUAUUUAACAUCAUCAGAGUACUGGUGACCAAGCUUCGGGAGAGUAAUACCAGUGAUACCAAGCAAGUCAGGAAGGCUCUCAAAGCAGCAAUAGUUCUUCUGCCGUUGCUUGGGAUCGCCAACUUGGUGUGGUUGAUCCCUCGACCGAAGCCUCAAGAUGACAAGUCCUUCAUCCUCAUUUAUCAUUAUCUCUUCCUCUUCCUCGAUGCCUACCAAGGAUUCUUCGUAGCAGUUCUCUAUUGUUUUGUCAACGCAGAGGUGAGAGCCACCUUAAGACGGAAGUGGAGUGCUUGGAGGAACAGUCGAAGUCCUCACCAUCACAGAGGUCAUUCCAUCGUUACCACGGCAACAGACAUCCGUAUGUCUCUGUUUGACAAUGGUCACGUGCCAGCGGAAACGUGACAUGACAAUGGUUCAAGACAACGGCACGACAAAGGUGGCAGUCAAUAACGUGGUCGAACUCUGAAACUAUAACGGUCUCUUUCAGCGUGCGAGAAUUCCCGACGGUGUCGAGAAAAGCAGAGGAGUUGACGUCAUUGUCAUUUCGGACUAAAAUCGGAAGAAAAAACGAUGAAGAACGUCUUAAGCAGAAUUGGUACAAAAGUUGGAGAAAUAAAGACUUUUUCGUAUGUAUUAUAUUUUGCUCCGAGGGAAGCAACAGUUGCAUAUGUUUCUCACAAAACAUCUAACUGGGAACAUAAACAGAUGCAAUCCAAAGACUUCAAAAGGAUUGAGAAGGGACUAGUCAACUAAGUGUUGUCGCAGUGAAACGAAAGUGGCAAAAUAUGUUUAAAACCAGAGCAUUGCGUAGACGAUUUUUUUUUUACAUAUAACUUAUAUAGAAAAUAUAUGUACAUGAGGUUGCCGUGAUUUUUUAUGCACUUUAUAUGAACUGCGCUGAAGCUUUGAGGUCAAAUUUAUUCAUCCUUGGGACUUUUCCACAAAUUUUUGCCGAAUUUUGCAGCUUAGAGUUGAAAUCGCAGAAUUCUCAUGGUAGUCUAGGAAAUAUUUCAUUGGACAGAUAUUUCGCAAAGAAGCGAUUUGGGUUUAUAGGAAUAUUCAGCCGAUGCAUUCAUGGGUGGGGUGGUGUUGUAUAAUAUGGGAGCAUGCCAAUGACAAUAAUGAGGCAGUGCAAAAAUAAUAGUCAAAUGAAUUAGAGGCAAAUUUUGGAGUAUGAUUUAAAGUUUUCUCUAAUGUUUAGGAUAUGGGAGUUAGCUAGUUUAAUGAAGUAACGGAAUACUAUCUAUGAUGGUCUGAUUGCUGUUUGCAUUAUGACGAUGACGAUGAUGGUGAUGAUGAUGAUGAUGAUGGUGGUGGUGGUGAUGAUGAUGAUGAU